AUGACAUACACACGGAGGUGGCCAAGGUGGGGAUGGGCACUUUUACAGCUGUUGGUGGCAACAUUCUCUCAGGCUGAGGAGCUGGUGUGCCAGCAGAGAGGGGAUCCUGAGAACCCCCAACUAUAUAAGGAUGGGGACAUUAUACUGGGAGGAACCUUCUCUUUCCACAGCAGCUGGAAAGUCAUACAGGAUACCUACAUGCACAAACCACUGCCACUGGAAUGCACCAGUUUAAAUUUAGGAAAGUUCCAGCUGGCCCAGGCCAUAAUUUUUACCAUUGAGGAGAUUAAUAACAGCACAGACCUACUACCUAGCAUCUCUCUGGGCUAUAAAAUCUAUGAUAAUUGUGACUCUAUGACCAAAAGUGUGAAGGUUGCACUGGCCCUGGCUAAUGGUAAUGAAGUUGUGUCUGUACCCACUGAGGCACCAUGUACCAGACCUGGACAAGUGCAGGCCAUUAUGGGGGAGACCUCUUCCUCUCCUUGUGUGGCAAUAGCUACUGUCAUUGGACCCUUUCACAUCCCAGAGAUCAGUCACUUUGCCACCUGUGCUUGUCUCAGUGACAAAACCAAAUACCCAUCCUUCCUCAGAACAAUACCCAGUGACAACUAUCAGAGCAGAGCACUGGCCCAGUUGCUCAAGCACUUUGGUUGGACUUGGGUUGGAGCUAUUAGAAGCAAUAAUGAUUAUGGCAAUAAUGGCAUGACUACAUUCACAGAAACUGCACAGCAGCUGGGCAUCUGUCUGGAGUAUUCUGUGUCUUUCCAUAAAACAGAUCCUUCAGAUAAAAUAAAAAAGAUAAUUGGCAUUAUCAACGCUUCCACCUCAAAGGUGAUUGUAGCUUUUCUCUCAUCCACGGAUAUGAAUGUGCUAUUACAUGUGUUGUCUCAACACAACUUGACUGGGUACCAGUGGGUAGGAACUGAGUCAUGGAUCAUGGAUUCUGACAUUGCAGAAAAGGAUACACAUCACAUUCUGGAUGGUGCCAUAGGUCUGUCCAUCCCCAAAGCACAUGUCAGUGGCAUGAGAGAGUUCAUAUUAGAUGUGAAGCCAUUAAAUUCAUCUGGUAGUGAAUUGUUUACAGAGUUCUGGGAGAAUUUAUUUAACUGUAAGUUCAAACAGUCAAACUCAUCAGCAGAGAAUCAGAGAGAAUGUACUGGACAUGAAGAUCUGACUGGAGUGCAAAACAGCUUUACUGAUAUGUCACUCAUGCCUAUAUUUAACAAUGUGUAUAAAGGAGUGUAUGCUGUGGCACAUGCACUUCAUAUUAUUCUUGGCUGUAAUGAAACAUGUAACUACAGUGUGCAGCUAGAUCCACUCAAGAUUCUACAGCACAUAAGAAAAAUUUAUUUCAAAACCAAGGAAGGAGAUGAGGUUUACUUUGAUGAGAAUGGAGACCCGCCAGCAAAGUAUGAAAUUAUAAACUGGCAGCCAACAGAAAAUGGCAUUGUGGACUUUGUCACAGUUGGUCUUUAUGAUGCAUCUUUACCUGCAGACAAACCGCUGAGUCUGCAACAUAAUUCUUUCAUAUGGGCACAGAACUCACAACAGGUUCCUGUGUCAGUUUGUAGUGAGAAAUGUCCCCCAGGAACUCGCAAGGUUCUCCAGAAAGAAAAACCUGUCUGCUGCUAUGACUGUAUCAGAUGUGCUGAAGGAGAAAUAAGCAACAUGACAGAUUCUAUCACCUGUGAGCAUUGCCACCCUGAGUCCUGGUCCAAUGACAGAAGAGAUGCCUGUGUAAAGAAGGAGGCAGAGUUUCUAUCACAUGAAGAAAUUAUGGGAGUACUGCUCACUGCAGCGGCCUUAUUUGGAACAUGGAUGACUGCUGUUGUGGCAGCUAUUUUCUUCACAUACAGGACAACUCCUAUUGUCAGGGCCAACAACUCUGAGCUGAGCUUCCUGCUGCUCUUCUCCUUGACUCUGUGUUUCCUGUGUUCUCUGACCUUCAUCGGCCGGCCCUCUGAGUGGUCCUGCAUGCUGCGACACACAGCAUUCGGCAUCACCUUUGUCCUCUGUAUCUCUUGUGUUCUGGGGAAAACUAUAGUGGUGUUAAUGGCCUUCAGGGCUACACUUCCAGGCAGUAAUGUGAUGAAAUGGUUUGGGCCUGCACAGCAGAGACUCAGUGUUGUGGCUUUCACUCUCAUCCAGGUUGUUAUAUGUAUCCUCUGGUUAACUAUUUCUCCUCCUUUUCCAUUUAAGAAUUUUACCCAGUUCAAGGACAAAAUCAUCUUAGAGUGUGCUCUGGGAUCAGCUGUAGGCUUUUGGGCUGUACUUGGGUACAUAGGCCUUCUGGCCAUCUUAUGUUUUAUUCUGGCUUUUCUUGCUCGGAAACUGCCUGAUAACUUCAAUGAGGCCAAACUGAUCACCUUCAGCAUGCUGAUAUUCUGUGCAGUCUGGAUCACGUUUAUUCCAGCAUAUGUCAGCUCUCCUGGGAAGUUCAGUGUUGCUGUAGAGAUAUUUGCUAUUCUGGCCUCCAGUUUUGGACUACUCAUUUGUACUUUUAUUCCAAAAUGUUAUAUUAUCUUACUGAAACCAGAGAAGAAUACAAAAAAAAAAUAUGAUGGGGAAAGGAGCAUCAAAAUCAUUCUGAAAAAUUACAAAAUAUGGUGGCAAAGUGAUAUCAGACUGCAUCAUCACAUCAAAAGAACAUCGCCACCAAAUGGCGAGUAUAACAUCUACAUGAACACCAAGCAUGGCGUGUACCUCAAACCUGAAAUUGACUCUCUGUCUGACAGACAGGAAGCAGCAGCAACCAAACAGUACAGGAACAGACACCAGCGAACAGUCAGGACUGCAGAAAAGAUCACUGGUGCAAACCUGCCCUCCAUAGAGGACCUGUCACUGUACGCCAAGACAACCACCAUCUUCCCCCUGGCCAUCACUCUGUUGAACACUUGA